AGCUAUAUAUACCACAAAUAAAAAAAAUAUACAAAACUCUAUGAAGAUGAAAGAAUGCAUAAACUGUCACAAAUGACGUGCUCGCGGCCACAAUGAUUUUAAAUACAAUGUGUUUACAAUUAUAAAAUUAAUAAACAAUGAAUAAAUAGGUGCUAUCAUUCAAAAUGGCACCAAAGAAGAGAUCGUUUUAUAGCAAAAGGUCGCCAUCCCCAUUGCUUCUACACAAAGAUCCUUCGUUAUCGACAUCUUUACCAUCCACUUCCAGAGAUCAGAGGUUACCAGUCAAUCGGUCGGAACCAGAACCGCCGUGCAUGGACAGAUGCCUAAAGUUCCUUUAUAACAGGCAAAAGAAAACAUUCUGUGGAAGGACUUGCAAAAGUUGGAUUUGUAUAAUCCUCUAUUCCAUCAUGUAUCUGAUAUUCUUGUCGACAUUCACCUUAAUAUUCCUUUACGGGUCUUUGAAGAUCAUGAAGCAUACGUUAGACUAUCAAUCUAUAGACAAAGAGCAAUUACUUACUUAUGAUGAGAGAGGAGUUGGUCUUACAGCAACACCGACUUCAGAAACCAAUUAUCCUCUCAUCUGGUACAGAGAGAACAAAGAAGAAGAUUAUUUGAAGUAUGUACAUGCAAUCGAUAAUCUCCUUUAUAACUAUAGGAAAAAGAGAGAUGUAAAUAGCUUAGGAGUGUGUGGACAGUCCCCUUAUGGUUAUGGUGAUACUCCUUGUGUGUUAAUAAGAAUCAAUAAGCAGUGGAGAUGGGCAGGUAAGCCGCUUGAAAUAGAUUCAGUGAAAGCAAAAUCAGCGCCGCGCGAAGUCCAGGAAUGGAUGAGGCAAGACAAGAAAUUGUGGUUGCAAUGUGGAGGUAGCAAUUCAUACGAUAAAGAACAUAUUGGUAGGAUAAAGUAUUAUCCAGAUCCUCCAGGGUUUGAUCCUAGUUUAUUUCCUAUGGAUUUGGAUGACAUAUCACCCCUAGUGGCAAUGCAAUUGACGAACUUUACUGUAGGGUUGUCACUGGCGAUAGAAUGUAAGUUGUGGUACGAUAAAGGUCCGUCGAGCGUUGAGUUUGUGGUUUAUGUUGCUCCUGAAGAAGUUGUUUCGAACAAAACUAGUCGUAGUGUAUAA